GCCGAGGAGGAUCCCGGAGCGGCGCACACACACUCGCUCACACACACGCGCGCGCACACACACACAUACACACACGCGCACACACACCAGUGUCUUUCUCCCUGAGGGAUGGUACUGAAUUUCGCCGCCACUGGAGCCCGGCUGAAGCUCCUACACCGCAGCUCUGCGUUCCCACCGAGUCUAAAGUGCACCCGGACGCGAUGAGGACCUGGGUUUGUGUUUUGCUCCUAGGGUUUGGAUACCUGUCCUAUGCCUUUUCCGAGGAAGCCGAAAUCCCCCGGGAGGUGAUCGAGAGACUGGCUCACAGUGAGAUUAACAGCAUCCGCGACCUGCAGCGCCUCCUGGAGAUAGAUUCCGUAGGAUACGAGGAUGUUUCAGAGACAAAGCUGAAAGCUCAUAUGGUCCAUGCUCCCAAACAUGUGCAGGAAAAGCAUCCUGUACCCAUUAGAAGAAAAAGAAGUAUUGAGGAAGCUGUUCCUGCUGUUUGCAAAACAAGAACGGUUAUUUAUGAGAUACCACGGAGUCAGAUUGAUCCCACGUCGGCCAACUUCCUGAUCUGGCCCCCAUGUGUGGAGGUCAGACGAUGCACGGGCUGCUGUAACACCAGCAGUGUCAAAUGCCAGCCUUCACGGAUCCACCACAGAAGUGUCAAGGUGGCAAAAGUGGAAUAUGUUAGGAAAAAACCAAAAUUAAAAGAAGUUCUAGUGAGGUUAGAAGAGCAUUUGGAGUGCACCUGUAUGUCAUCAAAUUCUAAUUCAGAUUAUCGAGAAGAAGAAACUGGAAGGCCUAGGGAAACAGGUAAAAAACGGAAAAGAAAAAAGUUAAAACCAACCUAAGGCCCACUGGAGCUAUUUGGUAAUCAGAUGUGAGGUGAAAAUAAGCUAGAAAACCUUCUCUGGGACACGGAUGUACAUGGUUUGUUACAUUCCUGAACCUUCUAUGUAUGGUGCUUCAUUGACAGUAUACUCUACUCGUUCUCCUCUGUGAAAAACUGUCUGAAAGAACACUUGAUGAGAACAAAGAGACAAUGUACAUUUGUUUAAUGUGACAUCAAAGCAAGUAUUGUAGCACUCGGUGAAACAAUAAGAAGCUUCCUUGUCCAAAAAAAAAAAAAAGAAAGAAAAAAGAAAAAAACUAUACAAAAACCCAUACAAAAAAAAGAUAAAAGGUUGACUGAAUGGAUGAGACGAAAAAGUCCUACAAAAAUGUGACAAAAAUCUAAAUGAACAAUGGAUUUCUGUCAAGAGUGGUCAAAGGUGCUUUUUGUCAAGAAAUAGGCCUGUGUUCUUGAUGAAGAUGGAUGGACACUGAUGGACUACAGGCACACACACAAAACGAAAACAACAACAACAACCAGGAAUGUAUCCAAUGCCACGCGAACACUAUAGACACAAUACAUCCUCGCUCCGUAGUGUUUUAAGUCUAUACAAAGACCUUUUUGAGAGCCUUAAGUGGAUUUUUUUUACACCAUAAAGUGAUUAUUAAGCUUUUCUUUUUAUUCUUUGCCUAGCUUUUUUUUUUUAAAUCUCUUGGACUCCAUUUACCAAUAACACAUGAAAAAGGCUGCUGUAAGUAACAGUAAGGCAGGCAGUAUGAUGGUAUUUCUCCUAGCAGGAUGCAAACUAAUGAGAUGUAUUAAAAUAAACAUGGUAUACCUACCUAUGCAUAA